UCACAGCAAGUGAACAACAAGGUAUAAACUAGAUAACGUCGCGUCUAACAAGUCUCGGGGACGUCGGCAACGGAGGCACGCUGCAGCGUAUAGUUCACGUCAACGCCGUCAUCUUUCACCUCUAUUACAGGAUAUGAUCGAGUUUUCAAGACAACCAUCUGAUCGUCGGACACAAUGCCCACUACUCCAACUACGUUAACUAUGCCAUCAUCAUCAUCAUCAACAACAACAACAACUUCAACAACAACCACAACAACACCAAUGUCCACCUUACCCCCCUGCCCCGUCCCCAAGGCGGUGAAGAACGCCCAGCCCCCUACCAUCUUCGGUGAUGGAUCUACCGCGGAGUAUUCGUGUGCUUUUGGCUUCACGAUGUCCGGCUCCUCGAGGGUCUACUGCGACAGGACAACUCGACAGUGGAUGGGCAAGUCGCCCUCCUGCACCCUGAUUACACACCCAACUCACUAUCCUGUGUGGGCCUACGGUCUGAUUGCCGGCCUGCUGGGGUUGAUAGCCUUGACUUUCAUCGUCUGUCUCCUGGCCUACUGCUGCGGGUGGUGUCCCAACAGUGUUUCUCCGCUAGGUGGCUCUGCUUCCGGUUCCGGUUUGUGCUGCCGGAAAUCCAAACGUCGGCGACGUCGUUCUUUCACGUCGCAAGAUGACGUCAGAAUGACGGAUGUCGAGAACAAUGGCGUCUACUACGUGCCCGCACCUCGACAAUAUACGAACAACUCGCAACAUGUACAGAAAACAGUCCGCCACCUUGUAGUUUCAGAGCCACAUAGAGGCCAGCCCAACAUGGUAAUGGAUGGCUAUUACACAUCGAACUCUUACGUGGUGCCGGGGAAGGCCACGCCGUCUCAGCAUCCGAAGUGGAUGCCCCAUUCCCACCACAUCCGUAACAACAAUGACAUCACCAGAUAGCGACAACGCCAAGAAAUCUAAUCCAUCCGUAAUGUCAAGAUACGCCGUCCACAGCAUACCCACCUCUCCGUUACCGCAAUGACGUCAUCAAAGGACUCCAAUUCUACAUAGAGUGUCGUAACAAUGGCGAACUCCAUCAUCAAAAUGUUUGUCACGUAUGAGCAAAAUACUUUUAUUUAUUUAUUCAUUUUUUUUAAAGAUUGGUUUACGGUUCCGCCACGCUAAUGCGUUUAACAAUUUUUAAGUUUACAACAUUUUUAUUACCAAUCAGCUUUAUAAUUAUGCGAAACCACAAAUUGUUUCCCUGUCCGACCAUCGCACUGACUCAAGCGCGAGAAGCAACCAUGACAAAUAAUAUUUAUGUGGCCCCGGUACUCCAGUGUGUGACAUUUCAUGUAAACGGUAUUAAUCGUUUCACAUCUCAAUAUUUUACAAAAAUAACAAAUGGAAAAUAGAACUUCUAAAUAUUUGUUACCAUGCAUUUGCGAAUCAUAUCGACCCUAUACCUUCACAAAAUAAAUAAAUUUUGAAGGAUCGAAUUUUCUUUAUAUUCUUAUUCAUUUAAUAUAUUUAAAUUGUAUGAUUUUGAUUCAACCCCUUUGCAUUUUUCUAAUGCUUCUUUGUAUAUGUGUGUCAGUGUUGAGACUUACAUUCACCUAUAUUGAAUCAUAGCUUUGCAAUGAAAUAAUCGGUUUCUUUUAAUGUAUUUAUAGAAGUAUAGACAUUAUUUGAUAUUUUACAAGAUACACAGAAUGUUGCGGAUAUUUUUUUAAAAUGUUAUUUAUUACAUUUGUAUUCCAUGUAAUGUUAUACAUGUGUGUGUAAUUAUGUCAUGCAGUAACGUAAAUUGAACUUUAAUUAAGUGUAAGAUUAAAGACAUUUAAUUGUAUGCUAUAUAAACAACAAACGACAAUGAUAAAUCCAGAACAUUGUUUUCAAUAUUAGUAUCGGUAUUUUUUUAAAUAAACUUAAGGCAGGGCACUGCAUGAUAUGCUGAAAAAACAUUGUAUAAAGAACAUGUGGAUUUAACUCUUUUGACAUUUUCAGACAAUUAACAGUUUAACGUUUGAACUUAAAAUUGAAUGCAAUGUAAAAUACGUUGUGGUCGACUCUAUACCUAUGCUCGUUGAAGGUUUAUUCUUAGAUUGAAACUCUACCUGAUGUUUAUAGGUUGUCCACCUGUCACGUUAACCUUGAAAAUAAUAUUCGAGGAUAACAAAUUACAAAACUAUAACUUGUAAAAAAAAAAAAUUCUCAUGUUUUAAAUUAUUUUGUAAAGCCACUUACCUUUGAACUAUUUUCGUUACAUGAUUAUAGGCAUAAACUUUUUUUCUGUUAUUUGUUAGGCAAUUCUAACCUGUGUAACGUUAUCAAUAGGAUUGCACACUGGGCGUCUGAAACAUCGAUUAUAAAACACAGUGAGAGGUUCACUCUGAUAAAUGUGUAAUUAAUGUUGAAGGAAAAACAAAAUUAAUUGGUAAAAAAUGAAUUCUUUUAAAAAGAUAUUAAAAUUUACAGACACGUCUGAAAACAUGAAAAGAUAUGUACUGAUAAAGGGUAGAUGCAGCUAACGACCAAACUAUUCGGUAAAACUAGAACUACAAAGGUGAAAGUGUAUAUAUCACCGACUUGUGGGUAGAUCUCAUUCUCAUCUUGUCACCUGUGUGAUAAAAACUAUAUUGCCAACUUUACUUUUGAGACAACAAUUCCUUAUUCAAUGUUCACAUAGUAGCAAUACUAAACAAUGUAAAAAAAGCGACAAAACCCUUCCAUUUCCAAUAGAAAUAUCUGCGUACAGCAGAGUCGAUGGUGCCUCAGGCAGCCUAUCUGAAGAUAGAGUGAGAUACAUUCAUUUCCUGUGUUUUACCAGUCUUAACCUCUACAAACUCUCUCACUCUAUGUUGGUAUUUUACCUGCGUUAAUCUGAUGUAAAUGCGAUGUAACUGAACUCCUAUUGAGACCAGCGUAAACUCAAACCCUUUCUGGGCCAACUUCUAUUUUCCACAUCGUCACCCGUCAGAAAGUGACGAUGAUGAUAAUCAGUAUUGGAUACAUGCAAACUAUAUUUUUUAAGGCCUACCUUUAGGCCUACGACAGAGACCGUCCUGACGAGAAGUUCUGGUACUGUAUUCUAAAGGUGCUCCUUUUUUAAUAAUAAUAUAGAAAGAUUUAUCUAUCCAAACUGUGUUUAUUUUUCAUUGUGAAUAAAUAGAAAAAAACACUGUCUGGGGUAUAAAGUUGACAUAAUAUAGCUUGAUGAUGUAGAAAUAAUGUACCUGAAGGGUGUCAUAACAUUUGGAUGUGUAAGUUUGAUGCUCACCGUCUCUUUCCUCCACCAAUCAUUUGUGUGUGUAUACCAAGGUGGAUUCAUUUGAAGCUUCUGACAGGAUUAAGAGGAGACUUAUUUAUUGUGGUAUAAUCUGUAUUUUUAAAAUA